GCGAAGGGUGCAGUCCGUUGGCGGCGCUAGUGUAAGACGGCCGAAUAGCGGUACGGUGGAAACCAGCCGGGCAAGCUCCACUGCUCCGGCAUCGCCGCUCAGUUCGUGUCCUCUCGUUGCGCACGACGGUUGUUAGCGGUCGCGGUGGCGUCGCCCUUCUUACGUUCGUUCGCGUAUCGCGGCGUUCGAGGCUGAAAACAGAAGGCAGAAAACAAACACAAGAGACAGGACAGAGAGAGGGAAGAUUAUUGAAUCAAACAGUCCGAUUGAGUCAGUGCGGAAGGUCACGGGAGAGCUCGGUAAACAAACAUCGGGACAGAGUCGUAAGUACUACGCGUGUGUGUGUCGGGACGAACAUAGUCUCUUUUGCUUUUCCGCGAGGUAAGACGUACGAGAGAAAGAUCCGCUCCGAAAGUGUCUCGUGUGCGCGAAUGUCGCGCGGCGUGCCGGUAGCGUCGCGCCGCGUCGCGCUGGAGCAGUGUGAAUACAGUUGAGUGUCGGUUGAGGGGCAGUGCAACACGUUCGAACGUGUCGCGGAUUCGACUCGCCGCGGUGCCACGACCCUCCUCGCGAAUUCUCUCGCCGUUCCUACACGGCGUGUUGUCGGUGCAUACGCGCAGACGGACUCGCGUCAAGGCACAAGCGGUCGAGGGAGUGGGAUAAAGAGAGAAGGCAGAGACAGCGCGCGCGAGAGAGAGAGAGGCAACGCGUACGUACAACUCUCUCUCUCUCCCGGUCGCGUCGCCGCGCCGUCGGUGCACCGUCCGUCCACCUUUCGCGUUGCCGCGAGUGCAUGGGAUAAAAUGGCGCUUGCUUUCGUCCGUGCACCUCUAUCGACCGUGACGAACUGUUCGACGGAAUCGCGCCGGCAUCGCUCGCCGCGACCUUUCUGAGGGAUCAACCAACGUACGUCUCGCUGCGUGACCGUCGUCGUGUCACGUCUCGUCUCCCUCGCGUCCCCGUCGUUACCGCCGUUCGUCGUCGUCGUCGUCGACGGCGUCCUCGUCGUCGCCGCGAGUACCGUGUGCGGAAUACCGUGUGUGUGCAAAGUGCAUCGCCAGAGGAGCGUUGGCAGGAGAGGAGAGGUAUCUCGAGUGCGACGAUUUUGGAGCGACGAAUUCGGAGCGACGUGUUUCCGUGCGGAGCGGAGCGCAUCCUCUCGCUGUGGACUUAGAUUCGGCGGCCGGUGAGAUCACGCGUUCACCAACACAAGGACUUGAUUCCGCGCAGAAGGUCGGAAUUGGAGGACGCGAAAAAAGAACGAGAUCCAUCAACACCAGCACAGUGUCGUCAUGUGAGGGUCGAUACUUCCUCGAUUGCUAAUUGCUAACGGAAAUCGCACGUGCAAAACAUCGAUUGCUCGUGAAAAUCCGGUACGAAACGACACAGUCGGGGCGAUAAGCUGGAGCAUAAGCGGGAAGGGAAAGCGGUAGCCGGUGAAGAAGACGGAGGUGGUGGUGUCGCCGAGGAGGGCGAAGGAAUUUGGCAGUGGCGACGGUGGUGAUCGCACGUCGUCAUCGCCGCCGCCGCCGCCGCCGUCGUCUUCGUCGUCGUCGUCGUCGAGCUGUGACGCGCGAGACGACGCGAAGCGAAGCUCACUAGAGGAGGCAUGAGGAGGCGAGAGUGACGACGCUGCUGCAUCCUCGCACAGAUCGUGAGAGGACCGGCGGCCUGAUACCGCGGCGAUACGCUGGGGCCCGCGAUAAAGAUGGCCCCCUUCAAUAUGGCCGGCGUGGCGGGCCUUCUAGCCACCUGCGCCGCCGUUGCUGCUUCCGCUGCCCACCUUCUGCCGUUGCUGCUGUUACUAAUCUGCCCGCGAGGGUCCCAGGCGGAACAAGUUGUUCUCUUGGACACAACGACGGAGGAGAAGCUCGACUGGACGAAGUACCCGUUUGGACCGCAAGUCAGCACUUCUGGCUGGGUGGAGGAGUCCUUCACGAACUUCGACAAGGGCAUCAAUUGGCGGAGUUACGUGGUGUGCGACGUGGCGUACAACAACGUGAACAAUUGGCUGUGGACGCCGUUCGUGGAGAGGGGCCCGGCGAACCGCAUGUACAUAGAAAUCAAAUUCACGACCCGCGACUGCUCGCUGUUCCCCGGGAACGCUCUCAGCUGUAAGGAGACCUUCAGUCUGCUCUACUACGAGUUCGACGCGGCUACGAAGGAGCCGCCUCCGUGGGAGCCGGACAGUUACAAACUUAUCGGUCGCAUAGCCGCGGGGGAAGGGCGAUUCAAUACGAACACCGAGGUGGUGAUAAACACAGAGGUGAAAUCGAUACCGGUGACGAAGAAGGGCGUUUACUUCGCGUUUCGUGAUCAGGGCGCCUGCAUAUCGAUCUUGGCCAUCAAGGUAUACUACAUCAGCUGUCCAGAGGUCUCAAUGAACUUCGCCCGUUUCCCGGCUACACCGACCGGUCGCGAGGUCACUUUUAUCGAGCAGACGAUCGGCACUUGCGUCGCCAACGCCGUCCAAAUCGACAAUCCGAUCUACCUCUGCAAGGGAGACGGAAAGUGGUACCUUCCCACUGGCGGAUGCCACUGCCAGCCAGGCUAUCAGGCCGACAAGGACAAGCAGGAGUGCAAGGAGUGCCCGAUAGGCAAAUUCAAGCACGAGCCGGGCUCCCAAAUCUGCGAGCCUUGUCCGGAGCACAGCAAAGCCUCCGAUUACGGUUUCACGGAGUGUCGUUGCGACCCGAGCUAUUACCGAGCGGAAAAAGAUCCCAAGAACAUGCCCUGCACGCAACCACCUUCGGCGCCGCAAAACCUGACCGUCAACUUUGUCGAUCAGUCCACGGUGAUCCUUUCCUGGAACGCACCGCACAUGCAGGGUGGCAGGUUCGAUACGACUUACAGAGUAGUGUGCGACGCCUGCAGCACGGGCGUCAAGUACAUUCCCAAUACCGAGAUCUUCAACGAUACGAAGAUCACGAUAACCGGUCUGAACGCGGUGACCACUUAUCGCUUCCAAGUCUUCGCCGAGAACGGAGUAUCGUCGUUGGCCGGCAAGUCGGAAUACGUGGACAUCACCGUUACCACGGAGGCGAGUGUGCCGAGUCUGGUGAGCAACGUUAGGAUCACGAGCGUCAAGAGCUCGGAGCUCAGUAUCAGUUGGGACGCGCCGGUCAUCGAAGUCGGCGGGGACAGCGAUCUCGUGGAGAGAUACGAAGUGAGGUGCUACCCGCGCUACGACGACGCCACUAAUGCAACCGUCAUUCAAACGUCCGAGCUGUCCGCCACGUUCAAAGGUCUCAAGCCUUCUACGGAUUACGCGAUACAGGUUCGCGCCAAGACCACCCGCGGCUGGGGCGAGUACACGCCGGUGGUAUUUAAGAAGACACCCCACGCGAUGGGUCUAGACUACGUUGGCGAGAACGAUAACAUGCAAGUUAGAAUAAUCGCAGGGGCGAUCGUCGCUGUGGUCGUGCUCCUCGUGAUCAUUAUCAUCAUGACCGUACUGAUCCUCAGAAGCAGGGCCUCGGACGAGUGCAACAAGAAGCAGCCGAGCGACUGCGACACCCUGGAGUACAGAAACGGCGAAGGACUAGUUGUGACCUACAUGCACUGCAAAAUGGACAGUUCACCGAUUGUGACAACCCAUACCAACAACAAGAGCAAGUCCUCGCUGACCACGCCGCUGUUCACACCUGCAGUGGGGGUCGCCGCGGCAGGCGCAGGCGGCACAGGCGGUGCAGGUGCGAGGAGCUACGUGGAUCCUCACACCUACGAGGACCCGAAUCAGGCGGUACGAGAAUUCGCCCGUGAGAUCGACGCCGGAUACAUCACGAUAGAGGCCAUCAUAGGUGGUGGUGAAUUCGGCGAUGUCUGCCGAGGGAAGUUGAAAUUACCGCCGGACGGACGGACGGAGAUUGACGUGGCAAUAAAGACCUUGAAGCCAGGCUCCGCGGACAAAGCCCGUAACGACUUCCUGACGGAGGCGUCGAUAAUGGGUCAGUUUGAGCACCCUAACGUGAUAUUCCUGCAAGGCGUGGUGACUAAGAGCAAUCCGGUGAUGAUCAUCACGGAGUUUAUGGAGAACGGCAGCCUGGACACCUUCUUGCGCGCGAACGACGGCAAGUUCCAGGUGCUGCAGUUGGUGGGAAUGCUGCGAGGCAUCGCCAGCGGCAUGCAGUACCUCGCGGAAAUGAACUACGUGCAUCGCGACCUCGCCGCGCGGAACGUAUUGGUCAACGCCGCUUUGGUCUGCAAGAUCGCCGAUUUCGGACUAAGCAGGGAGAUUGAGAGCGCCACGGAGGGAGCUUAUACCACCAGGGGCGGGAAGAUCCCAGUGCGGUGGACAGCACCGGAGGCGAUAGCGUUCCGAAAAUUCACGAGCGCCUCCGACGUCUGGAGCAUGGGCAUCGUGUGCUGGGAGGUGAUGUCGUACGGCGAGAGGCCGUACUGGAACUGGUCGAAUCAGGAUGUAAUCAAGUCGAUCGAGAAGGGCUACAGGCUUCCAGCGCCGAUGGAUUGUCCAGAGGCGAUCUACCAGCUGAUGCUCGAUUGCUGGCAGAAAGAGCGCACCCAUCGGCCCACUUUUGCUAAUCUCACGCAGACUCUGGACAAGCUCAUACGAAGCCCGGACACGCUGAGAAAGAUCGCUCAGAACAGGGGCACCAAUCCGCUGGCGCCGGACGCAGUGGACCUGACGCAAUUGACGUCGGUCAGCGAGUGGCUGGCCUCCAUCAAGAUGUCACGGUACGCGGAGAGCUUCGAGCGCGCGGGAGUGACGACGUUGGAGGCGGCGGCGCGCGUCACCGUUCAGGAGCUCACCUCCCUCGGCAUCACGCUGGUGGGUCACCAGAAGAAGAUCAUGAACAGCGUGACGGCGCUGCGGGCACAGAUGUCCGCCACCUCGCAGGGAUUCCUCGUGUAAUCGCGCCGCUCGCGAAAUCCUCCAAUGGGAUCGUACGUAUAACGUAAGCGGGCAAUCAAUCGACUGAUCGGCACGGAACAUCGCAAACUCCCCCCCAUGGAUCUCACAAAUUUGCUACUUGCCUCGAGGUGCCCCAGACACGCCGUUUCUCGCCGAGAAGAGAAGAAGAGAGCGAACACCGGGCGGCGACGAUCCGUGUAUCAUCUAGGAUUCAUUAAUUACCUAGUCAGAGCGACCUCGAGAGAGAGAGAGAGAGAGAGAGAGAGAGAGAGAGAGAGAGAGAGAGAGAAAGAAAGAGUAUCUCUUCCUGCGUAGGAGGAAGAGCCGAUAAAUCGAGAAGCUAAAUCUUAGUGAGCCGCGGAGGUUCUAUCUUGAUCCGAGAGAGAUACAAAGGUACUCGUACCGCAAACAUUCCACGUGGAGUCCACGAGAGAGUCGAGAGAAUUCAUUCUUCGCGCCUAUUACAUCUCCUCUUACGAGGAGCAGGAGGAGAUACCGACAGGGAGUACGAGGACCACACGUUCGGCAUCUCGCAGCCGAAACACGUACAACGACUUACUUCGAAUCCGUACGGAAGUACCCGUUGCACGAGGCUUCCGCGUAACCGAUAUCUAUAAGCGUCAGAGGGAUCACUCACGACGCUGGUAUCCCGUUAACGUUAAGGUAUAACGAACGAACGAACGGUGUCGUUCGAGCGAAGCUCGUGUCCAAGGAGAGGACGUCCCAGGAGAAGACGUUCCCACCGGGACGGAUGUAAUACACGCAAACAGCUCCGCCCGUUGCGAACAACGAGCGCCGAUUCAAGUCUUUCGUUUCCUAGGCCGUCUCCGUGACCGAUCCGCGCAGAGAUCAGACUGAUAAACGGAGACGAACAAGCCAUCCCACAGUAAUCACUGCCGCGAAACUCGCGUUGGGCUUCUUUUUAUCGUUUUACGAGAGCUCUUGGUUUUUAUAGUUUGACGCGCGAACCGCCGAACUUUGUAUACGUUGUAUAGUUUUUCUAUUUUUUAAUUAUAUCCGGCGUGACUCGAGACUGCUAUCUCGAGUCCUUUCAAUUUCCAUUCGUCUUGCUAGAAGAUUUUUAUAACACUUUGUCAAUCCAAACGACAGCUCCUUCUUAGUAUACAUACGCAUGUAACCGCGAUGCGCGGGAACAUCGAACGGGUGAACUACACGGCCUAAAAUGCCAUUCGAACACGUCUGCUCCUGGCCUCGCUUUUCCUACGUAUACUUGUAAAGCUACGUCUCUUUGUAACGACCGAUAUAAUAAAUCUCUCACGCAUCUGAUAAGGAGCAACGGCGGAUUACUAGACAGGUAACAGAGAAGAGAAAGCACCGCAUCGCGCGAACAAUACGUACCAAAAAAAAAAAAAGAAAAGAAAUUAACGAACCACUGAUAGUUUCCGAGAUUCUAUCGAUAGCGUGACAAUUGUAGUGUAAAUACAUUCUGUUACAUCAACACAGCGAGAACGCAUCCCAAUGAUUGCUAUUAUUACGUACAUACGUCGCCUAUGAGAAACGCGCAAGAGCGAGUGGCGAGUGGACGAGACGAGAAUGUGAGUGCGUGUAUCAGCGAGACGGUUUGAUCAUCGACUCGUCAUUCGACGAGGGACGAUCGAGCGGAGAAAGAAAACAAAAAAAAUCACGAAUCUUGCCUUUACGUUAUCCCUACAUGAGAGUAUGUCGUGCAUACGCGGUCUAUUGUACAGAUACCUGUCGAUUAACGAGAGCACGACGGAACAAGAAGUGGACAUGUGCCAACGCGAGUGUGCAAGAGUUACUGUAGCGCGAUACUGGUGUGACGCGACCACGAGAGAGAACGGGAGUGAGAGAGAGAAAGAGUGAAAGAUUGAGAGAAAAUGAGAAAACAUGUGUGCGUGGUGUGAAGCUACAUCGACGACGAAUGUCGAGAGAAAUUUGCAGGCCGCCCUUCGCGCUAUACAAUGUAUGUACACGAGCGUGCGAUCACCGAAUACGAGAUUACUAUUAUAUAUAAUACGUACAUAUAAAGAUAGAUAUUAUAUUACAAAUACACGCGCGCGAGACACACUUCGAUACGUAGAAGGGAGAAGGCAGAUAGAGAGGCACUCUCCAUCGGUAGGAGACGCGAAAAAAUCGAAGGAACGAGGAGAUCGCGUCCGGUUAACGAAAGAGCGCGACGUGACGCAAAGGACAGAGGUAGAGGGAUAGAAAAUGAACAGGCGUCCCUAACUGGCAAGCAAUGCGUCAACAUAUCAACAUUAUCCGGAAUGCAACGCGAGCGCGAAAGGGACAGCCGCGUACACGAUACACGCGAUCGCUUCGUCGAGAUCAGAUCGAGGUGAUUCCGAUCGAUCGCCGAUCGUGUUCUUCCCUCCGAGCUUUCCAACGAGCGAAACGCGGAGAGGAGAGUUUUAGCCAGGGAACGAGAAACAAACGUAGGAAAGUAAGCGAACGCGAGCGUGCAGCCUCGGUGGACGUUCGUCACGAGCGCUUUACGGUGCGCGGGCCGCGAAACGAAGUCGCGCGACGCGAUGAUCGAGUGGGCAGGCAGUUUGAUUCUCAUAGCCCGGUCGAGGAGUUUGCUUGCGAAGCAACGUCCAUUCCACUAUGCAUAUAUCUCUAAUAGGAAAUUGUUUUUCUUUUUCUUAGAGAGCGAGAGAGACGCGUGGAAGGGAGGGAGCGGAAGAAGGAGGCUCGCCUCACCGCGAAAUAGAAUAAGAUACGGCCACCGUGUCUUGUAAACGCGCUGAUCGUAAAAGACUGCUUCCCGGGCGCUUCGUGAGGGGCACGCGAUAACACGCAUUUACACCCGGGAAUAUAUACGUUACCGGCGACUUGUCCUCGUAAGAAAGAAACAGACAGACCAACGGGGCGGCGGACGUUAGGUAUACGGGAAUAUUGCGCGUGAGAUUAACUUCGGCUUCCAAGUGAGUCCGGCGAGCCGCGGGAAAAUUUCUUAAUUUAACGGUUUUUAAAAUCGCUAGUGAUGUAGUAGUCGACGACGUCGAAGCGACGGUAGAUGACAGACAGAUAGACGGCGAAGAGGACAAAAGUGCGGAGAGGACAAAAGAGAGAGGAGAGCGCGCACUUUGGUGGCCGUGAUUUCGUCCUCCUCGACGGGAUGCGUAUAAACAACGACAAAACGGAGCGAACUUCGUAGUAGCCUUUCGUAGCCGGCCAUAAUUAUCCAAUAAUUUCCCCUCGCGCACCCUCUUUAUCCUGAUCGCGUGGAAACGCGCGAGUCACGGCCACUGAAGGCGACUGGGAAAAAAAAGUCGGUUGUUGUCGCUCGUCUCAAAGGUGAUCCAACGUUGCUUCGGUCGUUCCCCCCUCGUAACGAGAUGUUGCUCGAGAUCAUUCUCCGAGCACACACGGAAAACACACCGAGAUACGCCCUGGUGUCUUUCGGUUCGGCGUGCUGCCUUCCGCGUUCGUCGCGAGAGGAGGAUAGGAGGUGAAGCGCGGUGGGCCGCGCAACGAGAGCAAAAUCUCCUUUAGGAAAAACAAAAAGAAAGAAAGAGAGAGUGAGAGUGUGACAGGGAGAGAGAGAAAGAGAGAGAGUGUGUGUGGUAUGUGUGCGUGUGUAUGUGUGUGAAGGCUACGGAAACGGCGACGAUUAAGAAGCAAUAAGUGAAUACACGCAAAUGCAGAUUUUUAUAUAGAGAAUGUUAACAAAUUUCAGAAGAUAUUAAUUAUCGAUAGCGCUAUCUUCCUAAAUGUUCGUAUUAAAGGUUAAACGAAAAAAAAAGUAAGAUAAAACGUAAGAGUGGCGAUGAGAUCGCGCGAAGUUCCGACCGAAAGCAAAUGCCGGAUGAAGUAAAACUGAACGAAAAGAAGUUAUGAGUCGAAUUCGCGAUGCGGCUGAAUCGCUAAUAAUGUUCGGUCGGGCCUUCGCGAGUGGGAUGAGAGAAGAAUGAGAGAGAGAGAGAGAGAGUGUGGUCUUUAAGAACUUUCAAGCUGUAACUAUCUGUGUUUUAGCGACGAACCUGCGAGUGCGACCUGAAGUUUCGAGGAUGUUGUUGAUUUCGACAAAUCGAUAUUUAGAUUUUCAUAGAGCUCUAUCAAUAUCACACACACGUACGGCCACGUAGGCGCGAGAAAUACGUGCGGGAAUUUCACGCGAACGAAACCGUGAUAGGGGACGUAUGUUAAUUUGAGAGCGAAAGUAUCUCGCGUACGACUGCCCGAUCCUGUAUUUCGUUCCAUCGAAUCUCCCCCAUACCCGUAUGUUCAGAUUAAGCUCAUCUUUGUAAAAACAAAACGAGAAAAAAGAGAGAGACAAGAGUACGCGUUACACUUUCAAAGCUUUCGAUCAUACUUUAUGCCACAACGUAAAAUAUUUUCGUUGAUCUCGUGUACGCGUGAAUACUCUUUAUUCAAGAGUGUAUAAACGGAGAAUCGGAUAAAACACGCGCGGCAGGAAAAAGCUUGAAAAAUCAAAAUUCGCACGUCUUUGUUAUGGUAAUCUGUCUUAUUUAUCUUAUUCUAAUUUUUUCUGUUUUUUUUAAUUCUAUGACAAAGAGAGACGAAGAGAGAGUGUCAGAGAAAGAGGUAGAAAGAAAGUGGAAGAAAAAAGAAAGAUAAGAAGUGAGAACGACAAAUGGCUAAAGAGCAAAUUGGUUGAACCGCCUCUCGCGUUUUCACUUAAUUCUUUAAUCGAUUUUAACGAAACUAUACUACUAUUUAUUAAAAGAAGAGAAACUUAUUUAUUGUUUAGAGAGAUCUGACUAAAUUGCAAACGCUCCAAUUAUCGUAAGUUAUCUAUUUACUAUUUAGCGACGAGAUAUGGGGCAGAGCAACGCUCAUUCUUUCCCUACUUUUGCGGGGGUUUUCUCGUUGGAAACUCCAUCGUGUGUAAAGUAUCAGACGAACGAGAAAUUGACAGCUACAGUGAUAUAAAACAAAGAAAAAAAAAAAAAGAAAAGAAAAAAACGAGAGAUAUGCGAUCGUCGGGAUCUGUACGCAGCUAUUAAUAUUAUAUUAUUUAGUUAAGGCGUUAAUUAAACGAGCGCGUUGUUUGACUCUUACUUUUUACAAACUCUUUCUACAGCGAACUCUGUCAAAGUACCUGCUUCGAGAAAAAACGAAAACGAUGAAAUCAGCGAAAAAAAAAGAA